CAAAGUCAUUAUGUACCAAUGACGGGAUAAGCGAAAUUGAUAAAAUUAAAAGUUUGCCUUACUUUAUAAUAAAAUUUUAUAAAAAAUACCAAAAAUAUAACAUAAUGUUACGUGCUGCAAUACCGCCUCUACCUCCGUCACUGGACAUGAACGCCAGCAUGAAAAAGCGCGGGCCCCGGCCCUCGCUUAGCAAGCGGGCACACUCCAGCAGCCCAGUCGCACCACGUGCUAGAAGUCCUGUCCAAAUAAAGAAGCCUGGUUUAGAAAGACGAUGCCAAAGUUUGUCACCGUCAAGUCAAGCGUCAAGAAAGUCGAUGUUGCGACCUGCGUUCGCACCGACAAGUGCAUCUGCUCCCGAGACCGCCAACAAUACGAAUCCUACAAAUUCACAACCGGAAUCCGACGAAAAAGAACCCGUGUUACCGCAAUGCCUUAUAACAAAAAUGUUAAGAAACUUGGCAACGAAAAAAAGAGAGUUUAUUAAAUUGAGAAAAAGUGUCAUUUUACAGCAAAAUUCUUUGCUAGAACAUUUCGCUGCUCUAAAAGAGUUAGAAUCAAGAGCUGGUGUCACCAAUGAAGAAGGAUUGGGUGAUGUGAGGAUCCUGUCGGUCUCGGGCUGGCCUGCUCACGACCUCCUGCUGCUGGUCCGCGACGACCUGGCGACACCAUUGAGCGGGGAGAUUAAUGGCCUUUUCGGGCCUCAAGUUCUACAGCAGCUCCAUGCUCAGCUGAACCCGAUUCCUGAGGAGGUGCUUGGAAUGGGAGCCGAGAUCAUGGCACGACGUAUCGAACUCCUCAAUCUCCUUCGAGGGAAGCACAGGACAGAUCGAGCUACGUAUCUCACUAAUUUAGAGUGGAAAACGAAAAAUACUGAAUUUGACCACGAAACAGAAAAAUUGCAUAGAAUGGUUGCAGGUACAGCAGAGAACCUAAAAGCUAAAAUAAAUUAUUCUUUGGAACUAGCAAGAGUCCCUUGGUUAGAUCGUGAUUCGAUGAUCAGAAAAGUUGAACGUGUGCAAAAAGAAAAUAUGAUACUGCAACAUAAAAUUGAGGAAAUGACAAAGGAAAAACCCGAUGAUAGUAAAGAUGCUAACGGACAUGAUACAACGCCAACAUAUCAGGCGUUAUUCGAAGAGCUGACGAAAGAGCGAGCAGCCCGCGAAGCCCUGAAGGAGGUGGUGUCUGCGGCGGAGAGCAUGCUGCGGGUGGCGCGCGCGCGCAUAGCGACGCUGGAGCGGCAGCUCAAGGACACGCGCGCCGAGCUCGACGCCGCGCGCCGCAAGCACAAAGACCUCGAGCAACUCGUAAACAGACUCGCACUCGAACAUUCACAUAAGACAUAUCGCCAUCGUGAAACGAGUUACGAUGCACGAUCUAAAAAGCUGCUUGAAGUGUCCAAAACUGGAGAAAUUACAAUUGAAGCUUUGUCUCGACAACGUGACGCUCUUGAACUCAGGGUAAAGGAACUUCGCGAACAAGCAGAGAUGGCAGAAAGAGCGGCCGAAUUCCGCGAGGCCGAACAGCGUGCGAGAGCUGAUUCGCUUCAGGCGAAGGUAGCAGAACAGUUUUUUCAGGAGAAAUGUAAAGAGGUUGCUGAAGAUAAAGUGGGUGAGCUUGAAGCGCGGGUUAAGGAAUUGGAAGAACAACUGUCAGCCUUACGAGAACGAUCGGUGAGACUGGUUGACAUGGAGCGCAGAAGGUGCCUUGAAUAUGUUCCAUCAAAAGAAAAUGAGCCAUCUGACAGAGAAACGGAGAUAUGGAAGGAGCUUCAAGUUACGAGAGUUGCGCUGUCCCGAGCAGAAGAGGAACUACGCCAAAGUCGAGCUGACAAAGACAGUUUUCUAAACUCUCUAUCGAGAAUUGCGCAAGGAGAAGGCACGGAUAACUUACAAGAUAAGAUGGCUACGGAAUUGUUAGACAGGGAACAAAAAGUUGUCAAAUUGCAACAUAUCAUAGAAGAACAACGAGAAAAUGAAAAACUAAUGGAACAAACUAUGACUCAGUAUGAGAAUCAAUUAGCGGCACUGCGCCUUGAAGUGAAACGAUUAAGAAAUUACGACUGUUAUGCCAAAGAAGUCCAGUAUCAAGAAUUGCAGACUGAGAUUGUGAAAGAGAAGAUAAAGAUUUUAUUAAAAUCUUGCCACGAGGUAGUUUUUCAGUAGAAACCAGGAUUGGAUAAUCGCUACAGGCAAGUAUCAGAACAUUUUAUAAAUAUUUUUAAUCGAUUAUAUCCUUGUGAAUCGCUUUAAUAAAUUGUCAUUUUACUUUUUCAAUUAAAACUUUUUCAAUCCCUAGUCUUGUCAAACUGUCAUAAUGUCAACAAAUUAUAAAUGUCACGUCAGUUGACUCAAUUUCAGUCUUCUGUGCGUUUAUUGUAUUUUUAUUUCAAUGAAAUAGUGCUAAAGGGUUAGUACUAAAAGUGAAAGCCUUUUUUCAGAAUGAAAACCAAUGUGGUGCCCUUAUUAUUCAUACUGUUUGAAAGUUACAAGUCAGUGAUACAGAGUUGCCGACAUUAUAACUCCGUAGUGAUACCAUACCAAAGAAGAAGUUUUCCUAAACACUUGUGUUAUUUUUAUAUGUGAUCAAAUAAAAAGGAUUAAUUCUACUGCUCAAAUGGAAUAACUUAUCCCAAGAGACCGAAUAUAAAAAAAAACCUCUCCAUAGAAAUUAUCACCAUCACGAGGAUGUGAAUUUUUUUGAGAAUUUGAUAUUGGUCCUGUAAGAAAAGUAGUUGUAUUUCAGUAGUAGAAUCAACCCUUCUUGUUUCAUCAGCAAGAGUAACUAUAAAAACGCCCUGUAGGUAGGUAUUAUUAAGCUGAAGAGUUUGUUUAGUGUCAAAGACUGUCACACAGUGUAACUUAAAUUGGCAUAUUAUGAUAAUGAACAUAAAAACUUAAAUAAAUAUUUAUGUUAAUA